AUGGCCAGAGUAAAUAGAUUUGCCUGUAUUUGGCACCUGGCUACCAGAGCUGAUGCUUCAUCUAACAAAGCAGAGAUUGUUGCCAUCAGUGACCCCUUCAUUGACCUCAACUUCAUGGUCUACAUGUUCCAGUAUGACACUACCCAUGGCAAGUUCAACAGCAUAGGCAGGGAUGAAAAUGGAAAGUUUGUGGUGAAUCUGGCAUCUGAGGGCCCACUAAACGACAUUCUGGGCUACACUGAGGACCAGGUUGUCUCCUGCAACUUUAACACCAACUCCCACUCCUCCACCUUUGAUGCUGGGGAUGGCAUUGCUCUCAAUGACAACUUUGUGAAGCUCAUUUCCUGGUACGACAAUGAAUAUGGCUACAGCAACACAGUUGUGGACCUCAUGGCCUACAUGGCCUCCAAGGAGUAA